CAUCCAUUUUUGUUCUGCUUAGUUCCUUUUUAAAUUAAUUUUGCAAUGAAAAGUUUCUAACUGUUUAUUUCAUAAACAAUUUUAUACAAAUCUAUGAUUAUAUUUAGUGCUAGCUUGAAAUAUAUAUUUUUAAUAGUAACCCGUAAACACAUUAGUAGAAACGAUAAUUAUGGAUACGGCUUGGUGACACUCUCGCCUAAUGAGCAACAGCAAUUCCGCUGUUCCACAACAUAACAACAUACAUAUACAAUCAUUUUUCGCAAAUCGCGCAAUGUACAACAAUUGAAAAUAAAACAUUAACAUGGAUCCAAAUAACUUUGCCUACGAACAUUAUGGUAUAUUAGUUCAAAAUGAUGACGAUGAAUUACCUAAAUCCACUUUAAAUGUACAAAAUCUCAGUAAUGUUUUAGGUACAGAAGACAUUGGACAUAGCAGCGAUUUGGUACUUGUUUCACAGCAUGAUUCCUUUGGGCCAACGGAUUUGCAAAAUAAUAGCUUACAUUUUGAUGGGAAAUCGUUAUUGAAGACGCCAGCGAAAAUGGAAGGAAAACCAAAUAUGGAGUCGGCAAUAACAAAGGAUUUUAAAGAAAGUGUUUCACAAGAUUUGGUUAAUUGUAUGCAACAAUUAAGGCAAGAUCGAACAAAUGCUGAACCAGAAUUGAUGAUGGACAGAAAAAAUAUGGCACUGAUGUCGGGAAGUGGCAAGUCGCGGCGAUGGGAACAAAAAUUAGUUCAAAUUAAGACAAUGGAGGGUGAAUUCAGUGUAACUAUGUGGGCAUCUGGUACAUCGGAUGAUGAGUAUUCGUGUUCGGAUCAAAAUGCUGAUGAGAUUGACUAUCUACAUGGCAAUGACAAUGCGCUGAAUUCCGAACAGACGAAAAAGAAUGAAUCAGUAUUACAAAAACAGCAACAAUUGUUUUUUCAACAGCAGCAAGAGCAAUUUCUACAACUACAGCCUCAAUUAAUUGUGCCAAUGAAUGGGACAACAGCAGAAACACCAGCAGAAGCCGAUAAAUGUAAUAUUAAUUCGAAAAGAAAUCUAAAUUGUGACACACAAAUAUCAUCGUAUGUAGCCAUAUCGCAGGGAUGUCGCCUAAUCAAUGAUGAAACGUUAUUAGCCAUAAAGAAUCAAUCAUUAAUGUCAAACGAUGAUUGUGAGAUAAAUAACGUUGUAACUAAUACAGCACCAUCAGUAACUUUUGCAUCAGGUGCAGUAGGAGCAGUAGGAGCAGUGGCAGCAGCAGCAGCAGUAGGAACAGAAACAGGAACAGCAGCCGCCGCGCUACCGUUAGCAACAGAAUUAGCUGAGUUAGCGGAUACCGCAGACUUUUCACAAUUUGGCAAUGAUAAAAAGAUUGCCUGUCCACAUAAGGGCUGUCAUAAAUACUUUCGCGAUUCGUCCGCAAUGCGUAAGCAUUUGCAUACACACGGCCCACGCGUUCAUGUGUGCGCUGAAUGUGGCAAGGCAUUUGUGGAAAGCUCCAAAUUGAAGAGGCAUCAAUUAGUGCACACGGGCGAAAAACCAUUUCAAUGUACAUUUGAAGGUUGCGGCAAACGUUUUUCAUUAGAUUUUAAUUUAAGGACGCAUGUGAGAAUUCAUACUGGAGAUAGACCUUUUGUGUGCCCGUUCGAUGCAUGCAAUAAAAAGUUUGCUCAGUCUACAAAUUUAAAAUCACAUAUUUUAACACAUGCAAAAGCCAAGAGAAAUACAGCCAAUCCGCGUCAAAACAUUUGCCCCAGCAACGAACCACUAAGCCCCAGUGGGGAAAGUUCUACAAAUUUAAUAAAAGUGGAAUUGCGUGAUACAACUAUGUCAGAAACCCAUACCCCAUUUGUAAUGUAUGCCGACUAAAAUAUUAGUGUGUAUAUUUUAAACAUAAAACUCAAAAUC